AUGUUCCCACCGCACGACAGAUCGCUGCCGUUGCUCUCGCAGAGCAACACUUGGCGAUCCGGAUCGCAGACCCCGGACUCGGUCUCUGUGUACGAGGAGUCCUCCGGCACGGGCGACCCGACGCUUGUGCACAAAUGGAGCAACGACAGCUCCAUUGUCUGUGUCGCCUGUUCGCCGAAAAACCACCUGCUUUUCUGCGGAACUCAGGACUCGCGCAUCCUCGUGUACGAUCUACGCACAUUCCAGCGCGUGAGGGAGUACAAGGCGCACUGGGGCUCUGUGCUUUGUCUUUUAGUGAGCGACUGCGAAACAAGACUAUUUAGCGGCGGAACAGACUCGCUUGUGCGUAUUUGGGACAUAAGUCCGAACGGAGAGCUCAAAGGGACAUACACGGUAUACUCGCUAAUUGAUGUGGGGGACAUCUUCUCCAUUGCGUGGUCUGAGUCCCGCAAAACAAUCAUGUUUGGCGCACAAAACGCCUCCCUGUCGUAUGUCCAGAUAGGUUUGGAGUCGCACGUACAAAAUCCGCACCAGAUGCCGUUCCGGCGAUACGACAAGUUUUUUGACUCGGCCGGCUGCUCAAUGUCUGCAGAGGAUGACGCCACAAACCAGCAGGAGCUGGGCACGCUGAUCGAGGUGCCGUCGCAGAACAUCAUCCCCUACGCCCACAACGGCUACAUAUACUGCAUGGAGAUGUUCACGCUUCAGGACGGAAUUGCGGAGCAUGGCGACUACACGGAAUUUCUCAUCACUGGCGGCGGUGACGGUGUGGUGAACAUCUGGGGGCUGAAAUCGAGAAUUGAGUUGUUGUGGUCGCUGGAAAACGAGGAGUCGGUGCUCUCGUUUGCGCGCAACAAGGGCAGCACCUAUUUGUACUGCGGACUCGCGCAGGGCCGCGUCAACGUGUGGGAUUUGUCCACGUUGCAACAGAUCAAAUCUUACGAGAGUGAGGAGGGGGACAUUGUGUCGCUGGCGGUGUACGGAGACUGUCUUUUCAAAGGCACUAAUUCGGGGGUGACCAAGUGGAAGUCGCGCGGCGAGAUUCGCUCGAGCUGGAUCGACCACAACGGCUGCUGCCACGCGGUCAAAGUGGUGAAGCUGAAAAACUACCCGUAUCUCAUUACAGCAGGCACAGACCACUCAGUGGCACUGUGGGACAUUUCUGUGCUCGACAAGGCCGAGACCGAGCAGCGUCCUGUUGAUCUUACAUCAACAGACCGCAUGCUUGAGGUGCUGGCAAAGCUCGUGGAGUACAGAACCGUGUCGAAGCUGCCGGCGCUGUACAUCGACCAGUCGCGGCGGUGUGCAAAUUUUCUACGUACGCUGCUGCGCAACCUUGGAGCAUCUCAAGUGUUGCUUUUGCCAGUGCCAAACGCCAAUCCGGUGGUGUAUGCGCUUUUCAAGGCCAACCGUCCGACCAAAAAGCCCGUUCGAAUUCUGUGGUACGGCCAUUAUGACGUGAUUGACGUGAGCAGCACCGACUCAUGGAGCACAGAGCCGUUUCACCUAACUGCGCAAAAUGGCUACCUGUACGCGAGGGGCGUCAGCGACAAUAAGGGCCCGCUGCUUGCCGCGAUGUACGCUGUGGCAGAACUAUUCCAGAAAGAGGAGCUGGAAGCAGACGUUUUGAUAUUACUGGAGGGAGAGGAGGAGUCCGGCUCAUUUGGGUUCCAGGAGGUGGUACAGGAGAACAGGUCGCUGUUUGGCGAGAUUGAUUGGGUGUUUCUGAGCAACUCGUACUGGCUCGACGACACGGUGCCCUGUCUCAACUAUGGGUUACGUGGGGUCAUUUCUGCCACCGUGGAGGUGCGUUCCGACAAGCCAGACAGACACUCUGGUGUGGACGGGGGCAUUUCGCGCGAGCCGACCAUCGACCUGAUCAACCUGCUCUCCAAACUCAACGCCGACGACGGCAAGGUGAACCUGCCAGACUUCUACACACCUGUCAGAAAGGUGACCAAGCACGAACUUGAGUCAUAUGAGAAAAUCACCAGCAAGAUUAGCAAGCUGCGCAGCGACGAGCUCAUGGCCAAGUGGCGGUUGCCGUCGCUCACGAUCCACAAUGUGAGUGUGUCUGGGCCCAACAACUCGACCGUGAUCCCGCAAACGGCGUCUGCGUCGCUCUCUAUCCGCAUAGUGCCAGACCAAGAUCUGCAACGGAUCAAGAGCUCGUUGAUCAGUUAUUUGGAGGAGAAGUUUGCGCUCUUGCACACGGAAAACCAUCUCACCGUGCGUGUGAUCCACGAGGCCGAGCCAUGGCUUGCAGACGUCAACAACGCGGCCAACAAGAUCCUGCUCAAGAACAUCGAGCAGGAGUGGGGGGUCGAGCCACUGCUUAUCAGAGAGGGUGGCUCGAUCCCGUCGAUCAGGUUUUUGGAAAAAACUUUUGGCUGCGAGGCCGUGCAUCUGCCCACGGGACAGGCCAGCGACAAUGCGCAUCUUAACAACGAGCGAAUCCGUAUCACCAACCUGUUCAAAACCAAGGAGAUUCUGAAAAAUACGCUCAACAGACUUCCAAAAAGACAUAAUUAGCAUGAUGGCAUUCUAUAGACAUGAUUCAGCGGACCGUUUCCCGCGCCGAUCGUCGAGUCGGCGAGCCUGAUCGCGUUGUGGACAUAUACGAUGGCCUUUUCCACUGACGUGUGCAGGUCCAAGCCACAUGCGAGCCCGCUCGCAAUAGCCGAACUCAGGGUGCAACCGGUCCCGUGUGUAUUUUUUGCAUUGACAAUUUUAGGAUGUUUGUAGUGCACCACCUCGUCGCGCGCACGGUCGUACAAUACGUCUGUGAUGGCACGCUGCGCAGGAACAUGCCCUCCUUUUACUAGCACGGCGCGACAUCCGAUGGCGUUUGCGAGCUCGCGUGCUAGAUCCUCGCAUCCGGCUAUCGAGGGUUCCCCCACAUUGCUGUCCGGGAACAGCAGGCUGUAGAUUAUUCUUGCUUCAUCCCAAUUCGGCGUAAUGACCGUGGCAUAGCGGUAGAGCUGCGUUAUACAGUCCCUCACCAGCGCCUGCUUGGCCAGAGUGAAGCCGGAGGUUGAGCUUAUAACUGUGUCGACCACCAAUUGCGGCCGGAAGGUCUCCAGAAAGGGCACUAGGGCGGUGAGCACCGGUCUGGUUAUAACUCCAAUUUUGACGCAAUUAAUUCCACCGUGGGCAAAAUCAGCUUCCAGAAUGCCUUGCACAACUGUCGCUGCAGUCUCCAGUUUACCCGAAACUCCAAAAGUGUUCUGCACCGUGAGCACGUCUAUGCAUGUUAGGCCAUAACAACCAUAACUGGUUAUCGUCUUGAGAUCGGCCUCGAUACCUGCGCCUCCGCUAGGGUCGGACCCAGCCACGGUGAGCACGCCUGGUGUCGCCACGGGGGUAAGGUGAGAAGGAUUGUCAAGAACGACAAAUUUGUGAGACAUAAUUUGAUCAAUUUCGCGGGAGGAAAAUUCACAUCAUCGUCUAGCGUGGCGGGAGGAAGACCAGCUUUACAGCUGGCGCAUGUAAUAAAUGUCCAGCAGAAUGUGCAAUUUCUCGCCUCAAGCAGCGGACUCCCACACUGCCCCAUCUUGUCUACAAACCCUCAUCAACUGCAAGACCCGUCUCGAUCUCACACUUGGACGGCUUACGUAAGCCCAGGUAGGACAGCUACACCUCGACUACACUGCCACUAGGCACUACCGCAUGCUCGCUCUGUCGCUGGGCGCAUCUCGCCAGCGCAUCGCGGCUAACAUAUUCUUAAUCGUAUUUCAUUGCUUCAAGUUAUGAACAUCCGCUUCUCCCCCUGAUUAUCAUGCUCUGCUUACUUUCUUCUGAAUGCACAUCCCUCAGAGAGCUUAGCCUUACCUCCAGUUGGCGUACACAGAACAGUGGUGCACGAAUCACAGGUCACGGCAGUUUGGGCGUGGGAGAACACGGUGGUGAUUUGCAAACAUCCGGGACACUUGACGUCCAUGAAAAAUGAUCUUGGCUCUUGCACCAGGGUCUUGAGCUUGUGCUUCUUGGCCUCGGAGGCAGCACUUGGGUGCAGCAGGUCCUGAAC